CACAUUUAAAUAUUGUGUUACACUUGGCGGCUUUAGUGGCUUCGCACGUUGCAUCUCGAAUUUUCGGCAUCAAAAUUAUUCUCUGGUUUUUAUGGAUUAAAACAAAUUGAUUUUCUUUAAAUCAUGUUCGGCAGAUAUUUUAAACAAAUAUUUUGUUCAAUGUUUCAUCGGAAGUAUUCUUGGCGGAGGUGUUUAGCAUUCAGUAGUAGUAGUAGUGUCACAACAGCAGUAACCUGGUAUUCUAUGUUUUAUCCUAUAAAGUUAUAUCAUAUUUCUUCUACAGAGACGACAACAGUUAAAACGCCAAUUCAUCGAAAUAUUGACUUUCCAUUAUUAUUCGCAUUACAAUUACAAUUAGAUUGUACAAUUAGUUUUAUAAAUCAAUUACUUAAAGAAUUUCAAACACUUUUAAUCAAUAUGGAACAUCUUAGUGUAGAAUAUGGUCAACUACAAUCAGCCUAUAAUGAUAUUGCUAAUAAUAAUAAUGAAGAAAUUGAUGAACUCCUCUUAGAAGUUAGAUCUCAAUGGUCAAUGUUAACUCAAAAACUUGAUAAUGCCGAGAUUGUUAUCCGAUCAGCUAUGAAUACACUGCGUAAUUCGCUAGAGACUGCAUUUCUCUGUGAAGAAUAUCUUAAAACUGCAACAACGACAACAGCUCCUAGUUCUAUGCCUAAUGAAAGCAUUUCUACUACAGGUCAAAGUGGUUUACACUUUUAUCAUAUUGAGAAAGAGUUUAUCAGCCUUGUAGAGAAACGUAAAGAGAUUUUCCGGUUGUGGACUAGUCAAACAGCUGAGCAUAUUAAACAAUUUGGUAAAUCAUAAAGAUAAAGGCAUUUUUGUACAGAAAACGAAAAAAAUAUAUAUUUUGCU